AUGUCGGAAAAGAAUCCCACUCUGGUAGAUUCCAGAGAGAAGGAGAAGAACAAGGAGUUAAUACAAAAAACCCCAUUUUUCACUUUUAAUGCCAGUAUAAUAUCAUAUUUACACACCGUUUUUGCUUCUUCAUCAUUUUUAGCAGCAUUAGCAGUUGGAUCAUACUUACACUAUUACAAGAUUGUUCAAAAUUCAUCAUUUGGUUAUCCUGAUGAAUGGUUCCCUAGUGUUUCUGCUACUAUUGGUGAUAGAUAUCCUGAACGAUCAGUUUUCCAAAUCAUUAUUGCUUUAACUGCUGGCCCAAGAUUUUUAUUAUUGAUUUUCAAUUUCAUUAGUCUUUACAAGAAAAAUAGUUAUUUACCUUAUAUUGCUACUAUUUCAGGAACAUUAAGAACAUUUACUGCUGGUGGUUGGAUGUAUAUUACUUCAACUGAUGAUCAUGACGCUCAUGACGUGUUUAUGAUUCUCUAUAUGGUUUUGACUAUACCAUGGACCGUAUGUAAUACAUUACUUUCUCCCAAACAUUCGUUACAAAGAAAUGCCAGAUUUUAUUCGGCAAUGGCAUUUUUUGGAACUAUUAUCCCAUUGAUUUAUUGGUUUAUUCAACAUAAAGUUCAUAUUAGACCAGGUGCAUAUUCCAUAUAUGCUUAUUUUGAAUGGGGGUUGAUAUUUUUCGAUAUUUUAUUUGAUUCUUGGUCAGCCAUUGAUUUUACCAAUAUCGAUAUUCUGAUUUCAGCAACAGGAAUUGAAUUAGUUCAUGUUGACACAACAGCUACAGAAUCCACCACCAAGGUAACAGAAACAGAAACAGAAACAGAAAUAAACGUUGAAAUUGAAACCGAAGUAAUACCUGGUCCAUUUGAUAGUCAAUUUAGUGAUAUUGAUGUAAUUGUUAAUUUGAUCAAUUCAUUCAUUUAUUGGACAGUCGUCACGUCAUUAUUUUUAUGUGUUUGGUAUUUCCCAUUAUGGCAUAUGGGUAUUUCAGGUUAUGAAGCCGCUGUUUUAUCUUUCUUUUUGGCUCCUUUAUUAUUGAUUAUUCCAGUUUCUCGUAAUUUGUUUGUGACUUAUCCAUCAAUUGCUAGAAGUUUGACGGUGAUUUUAGGUGUUGGAGCUUAUAAAGUCCCUGAUCCAGAACAAAGACUUUUAACUAUAACUGCUGGAACCGUAUUUGCUGUAAUUUCAGUAUUGUCUGAAUUUUCAAUUUUUGCCACUAAUCCUAAGAAAUUGAAUUCUUAUAUUUCAACAUUUACAUUAGGACUUUUAGCUACUUCAAUUUUCAAAUAUUUAUGUUUUUCCAAUAAUCCUAUUUGGCCAAUUAUGCAUAAAGAAAAUGGUGGUUAUAAUGCCAUUGGUAUAUUUUUAGGAUUAUUAGCAGCUUUUUUCACUCCCAAACAAAAACAAUUAUCUCCAAAAGCAACAAACAAUGAAGUAAAUGGUGCAAAUGGAUCGUUAUUAUUAGCUGCAUUAGGUUUCGGUGGUUACUAUUUCUCCCUUUCAUCGUAUUUGUCGGAUUCUGGUACUUUGGCUCUUUGGACUUGGGAAGGGUUUCCUAUCAAAGGACCAACUCCAAUAACUGGUGCCUUGUAUCAUUUUAUUGCCAUUAUGACAGCAAUAAUUAUUAAUGUCAAACUGCACCCUAAUUUUUUCAGCAGUUGGAAUUAUAAUAUUAUUAUAGGUGGUGGAAGUGCCCUUGUGUUAUAUAAUUUUGGUGGUUGGAUAGGAUAUAUUGGAGCAGUGAUUUAUACAUUUUAUUUGACUUCUAUUGGACCAAUUAUUUGGAAUUCAAUUAAAGGUUAUAAUAUUACCGGGGCAUUUUUCUUGGGGUAUUUUUUCAACAUUUUACUUGGAUUAGCUAGUGUUUGGAUUGUUGCUUAUGCAUUUGUACCUGGUGGACCAUUACUUCGUGAAAGAACCGAUAUUGUUCUUGGUACAUCAUAUUUUUCAAUUUUGGCUGGAGUAUUGAAUUAUAAUUUACGUCGUGAAGAAUUCACCAAAAUAAAAUUCUCCAGUUGUAAAAUUUUCAAACAAACUUUAACCAUUAUAACCAUUUUAUUGGCAUUAUCAAUUUCAAUUUUUAUUAAAAGAUAUCCUAGUGAACCAUUCAAACCUUAUAAUGAAGAAUCUCAAUCUUUCACUGCAGGUAUUUGGUGUGUUCAUUUUGGAUUAGAUAAUGAUAUGUGGUCAUCGGAAACGAGAAUGAGAGAUUUGAUUCGAGAUGCAGAAAUUGAUAUCAUUGGAUUAUUAGAAUCUGACACUCAAAGAUUAAUUGGUGGUAAUAGAGAUUUCACCCAAACCAUUGCCGAAGAUUUAGGAAUGUACGUUGAUUAUGGUCCUGGACCUAAUAAACAUACAUGGGGUGCAGCAUUAUUAUCAAAAUUCCCAAUCAUUGAAUCUACUCAUCAUCUUUUACCAUCACCAGUUGGUGAAUUGGCACCAGCUAUUCAUGCAACUUUAGACAUCUAUGGAGAAUUAGUUGAUGUUGUUGUUUUCCACUCUGGUCAAGAAGAAGAUGUUGAAGAUCGUCGAUUACAAAGUUUAGGUAUACAAGAAAUAAUGGGUAAUUCUUCACGACCAUUGAUAUUAUUGAGUUAUUUAGUGACAGAACCAUUACAAGGUAAUUAUAACACUUAUGUUAGUGAAAAAUCUCGAGUUUAUGAUAUUGAUAAUACUGAUUGGGAUAGAUGGUGUGAAUAUAUUUUAUUUAGAGAUUUAAGAAAAGUUGCUUAUGCAAGAAUUUCAAGAUCUACUAUUACUGAUACCGAAUUACAAAUUGCUAAAUUCAAAUUAUUAAAUGAAGAUGAAAAAAAUGAUGAUGAUUUGGAAUUUUAUUAUGGUAAUCAUUUUGUUAAUGAAGAUGAAAUUGAUGAGAAUUUAAGAAUGCCACAACUUUUUAGAGGUGAUGGUGUUAGAGGACAUAGAUAUCAUGUAUUUGAUGAACCAAGAUAUUUUGCUCAACAUAAAUGGCAAAGAUAUAAUGAGCAAGAGCAAGAGCAAGAGCAACAACAACAAGAAGAACACCAAGAAGAAGAAGAAGAAAACGGACAAAAUGAAGAAGGUGAUGAAUAUUAG